AGAUGGCGACUUCCAUGAACAAGUUUUGUACUUUCAUCAUGCGACAACAAAUUAUCAGUAAAACAACCCUUUUCCCAAGUAUUUCUCAGCGAACAUGUCUGCCAUAUCAACAUCCAGCUGGUCAAGGUGUCGUUUUCAAAAUUCAGGCAGCUACAUUCGCAAAGAAAGCAGGAAGAGGCAGGUCAGUUGAGCCCAAAGAGUUAAUGCAAGUCAACACAGACGCAGAAUACCUCGUGUCACACUGCUCCGGCUCCAACUACUUCAAGGAGGGGCAAGACAUAAAGCUCGGACCCGAUGAGGACUACCCAGACUGGCUGUGGGAUCUUCACAUAGGACCUCCGUUGAAGUUGGAGGAGAUGUCUCAAGACUCACCUCAGUACUGGAGGAAACUACGAGAGAUGCACAUGAAGAGGAACAAUCGACUCGCUAAGGUGAAAAAGUUUUAGGCAGGACUGAUACUUCACACGGAGGCAUCAAGGGCGACUGCCUCCAUGCCCCCUAGUCUUUGCCUUGGUGCCCUCCUUGAAAUGCUAUAAUAGAAAUUUACAAUUUCCUCAUAGAGUGCACUUUACCAAGGAGAAAAUGGCUUGCUGCCCUUGCCCUUUCAAAGACCGAAGCGUGCAGGCCUGUUUAGGGAAUUGUUUGCCAUGGAUAUUCAAACUUUGAAGAGAUCGGUUUUGAAACAUGGAGGCUCAUCAGGGUGUUCUGUUGGGAAA